UUACAGCCUCUUGAUAACAGGAGCGAAUAGAGCGAAGAAGCUUCAUUAUUGGAUAGCCAUCUUGUUGAUAGUCUGUCGUGUUUUCUAGUGAAUGUCUUAAAUGAAGUGGCAAUAUAAAGAAGAGCAUCCGUUCGAGAAACGGCGAGCGGAGGGAGAAAAAAUUAGGAAAAAAUAUCCCGAUCGGGUUCCUGUGAUUGUUGAAAAAGCACCGAAGGCCAGAGUGGGAGACCUUGACAAGAAGAAGUAUCUGGUUCCUACAGAUCUUACUGUUGGCCAGUUCUACUUCUUGAUUCGCAAGAGGAUCCAUUUGCGACCUGAAGAUGCUCUUUUUUUCUUUGUCAAUAACGUAAUUCCUCCAACCAGUGCUACGAUGGGUUCUUUGUACCAAGAACACCAUGAAGAAGAUUUUUUCCUAUAUAUUGCCUAUAGCGAUGAGAGUGUCUAUGGACAGUAAUUUGAAAACUUUUUUUUUAAUAUUCAAUGUUGUUUCUUAUUUAUAUUAUCUACAUUUUGUGAGUUGUUGGUUGCUUGAAUCGCAGCUGAUAUGUAAAUAUAAAGCUACAUGUGAUAGUAACUCAACUAUCACACUCAAUCAUUAUCAGUGUAAGUGGAAUCUGUUAUGAAUAAACUACAACUGACAACUCCAUCAUUGGUUGCUCCUUUUAUCACUAACAUUGCAGUUCUAUGAAAUAAUGCUUGCUUUUUGCUUUAUCAUUAAGGAAUUCUUCUUGCAAGAAAUAGUUAAAAGCUUUUUAUCUACUUUAAAACGGAAACAAACAAACACCCACUGAAUGUUAGCUUGUUACUACAUUGCAAUAAAUGGAUAUUAAGAUGGUUUUGUCA